AUGCAAGAGUUUUGGAAUGCGAUGCGAGAACAUGGACGACUGGUAAGUGUAUAAUUUGGAAAACAUUUAUUUGUUCUGGAUUUAGGUUUACAUAGUUCUGGGAGUUGUUGUUCUAUCAGUUGCACCGUGCGGAUAUCACAUGGUUGUUCUCAAUGUUCCGGCCAAAACAAUUCAAGAAGCUUUAAAGUCAGAGAUUCAAUAUGAUUAUGGCAUUAGUAUUUCAGAUGCUACAUUGGAUUUACUAUGGUAUGUUGAUUUUGUUGUGAUUUUUUGAUGUUUUAGGCUAAAGAUUGAUGUUGAUGUAGGGAAAAUAGCUGUAACAUUUUUAUUUGUAAACAAUUCUUGAUGAAUCCUUAUCUAUGGCAUAAAAAAAUGUCCUCUUUAUCUUUUAUGCUAAUAAUUUCGACCAUCAAUCCAUCGUAUAAUCGUCAAUAACCAAAAACCUUGUUUUAGGUCCCUAGUAGUUUCAUGUCAAAGUAUUGGUGCUCUACUCGGCUGUAUCUUGUUACUACCAUUAGAAUCGGCGUUCGGAAUUAAAAAUACACUAUUAUUGUACAGUAAUGGCAUCUUAUUGAGUGGAAGUGCGCUCUUUUUCCUGUCGUACAGCUUCAAUACAGUUGUGAUGAUGUUAUUGGGACGAAUACUGAUUGGAGUCUACACCGGAUUAUCAUCAGCAUUGGCUCCAAUGUAUGUGGCAGAGUUGGCUCCUACAAAGAUUAAGGUAUGGUGAUUCUUUGGUAAUGAAGUUUUUUUCAUUUUUAGAUUAUGUAAACAAAGUUAUUCUUGUUUUUAAUCUUUUGUUUGGGCUAAAUUUGGGUCAGAAAUUACUAAAAAUCAAUUUUUCAGGGCAGUUUGAGUUGUUUCGUCCACAUAUCCGUCUGUUCUGGAGCCGCAUUUGGUGGAUUCUUCUCGCUAGAGUCCUUUUUAGGUAACAAAUCCUUCUGGAAUCUGCUACUCCUCCUGCCAGCCGUCUUUGCCGUGAUUCAGAUGUUAAUGAGUCGUCAAAUCCCUCACACACCAAACUUUUUCCUCUCCAAAAACGACACGAUCAGCGCGGCCGAGUCCAUCAAGUUCUUCUACGGAUUCGAAGGCCUAAGUGAGCAGGAAUUGUUGGCCAAGUACAAGAGUUUGGUCACGAAACUACCACCUCAACUGAGCUUCAGGCAAUCGUUGGCUAGUCCAGGGAAUCGACGAAUGAUCUUCAUUGGGAUGGUGGUCAGUGCUACACAGAUUUUGAGUGGAAGUAUGGCGGCGGUUUCGUACAGUACAAGGUAGGGAUUACAAUGGUGAUGGUUUUAUACCUAAAAUGGUAUAUUUAGGCAUCGCUUUUGGGAAAAACAUGUUUCAUCGUGUAAAAUGUCACUUACAAUACUACUUUUUAUAAAUUACAGUAUGUUCGAAUCAAUAUCAAUUAUGAAUGGACUGGUGGCUCUAUUCCCAACAUUAGGCUCAAUUUUGAGUAUCGUACUCACAUUGCCAGCACUAAAACUGGUCGAAACGUAUGGCCGAAAGAGGCUCCUGAUCAAUACACUGAUACUAUGUGCAGCUGCCAACUACAUGCUCGGCUUUUUCUCGCUAAUCUUGACUGGACUAAGUGAGUUUUUUGAGAAAUGGCAAGAACUUUGUUUACAAAACGAAAAAUGGCAAAAACGUUCUUUACAAAAGUUGAAAUGGCAAGAACUUUCUUUACAAGACGAAAAAUGGCAAGAACUUUCUUUACAAAACAUAAAAUGGCAAGCACUUUCUUUCCAAAAAACCAAAAUUUAAAAAAAUUUCCUUGAUGCAAAAAGAAUGGCGCGUUUUUUACAUUUCCCGUUUUUACUUUUUCAUUUUUCAGAAGCCGGCUCCUGGGCCUCGUUCAUGUUCUUCGUGGCCUUCCUGGUCCUCGGCGUCGGCUACAAUUUGGGCACCGGGCCAGUAUCCUACUUUAUACCGGGCGAACUAGUCACAGCAGACACUGUGAGCACGGCAUUCAGUGUUUCUGUAGCUACGAAUUGGACCUUCACCUUGUUGACAACCUUCUUCUACUACCCAGUGAAUCAAGCCAUCGGAGGGUGGAGUUAUCUAAUGUUUGCUGUGCCAACGUAAGAGUUUUGAAGCUUUUAAUGGGAAAUAAGCAAGAACUUUGUUUACAAAACGUAAAAUGGCAAGAACUUUCUUUACAAAGCAAAAAAUGGCAAGAGUUUUCUGUACAAAGCUUAAAAGGGCAAGAACUUUCUUUACAAAACAUAAAAUGGCAAGAACUUUCUUUACAAAACAUAAAAUCGCAAGACUUUUAAUCCCUCGUAUAACUUGUCACCCGCAGCCUGCAAAACGGAAAAAAUUGAAAAAGCUUGUUUAAAUUAACAAAAAGCGCAAGAACUUUGUUUACAAAUCACAAAAUGAAAUUUCAAAUUAAUAUUUUUUAGAACUUUGUGUAUCUGGUUCCUAAACCGUCAUCUGCCCGAAACCAAGUUCCCGAGCCUGAUGAACGGCGAGAGUAACGUGAUUUUGGCGUGCAACGUCCUUCCAGAAUACGCUAGCCUGGAGGAAACUCAUGACAACUUUAAUUACGGUGCUAUUUGA